AUGAAUCUCUCUCCAAAAGAACUUUCUUCCUUAUUAAGGUAAGUCUUUUGUCAUUUAUUGCUUUCCUCGUGAAUACUCGACGCUGGAAAAUCGAACUUUUUCGACUCGAUCUUUAAAUUAUAUAGUAACAAGUAGGAGCUGUAAGAAGGUAAUCGAAAGGAUAGUAAAUGUAACACCCAAACAGCUGUUGGUAAAAUGUCUGUAAAUUGGUUCAUAUGUGAGACAUGUGUUACAGACUACUGGUAUUAGCACUGUUAAAAGCGCUAACGAGCAUUUGCAUUGCUGCCAUUGUUUAUUAAACUUUUACUGGUGUAUCCUAAUAUAAAAUUGUUCGUUCCAGUUUACGUCUGAGAUAAUUGCGUUGUGUCUCUUUUCUUUUAGCAUCCUUGCAGAAGAUUCUCUGGCUGUUUCAUCUUUCGAAGCUAUUGCUAAUUCUUUACACCAGCGUUUUAACAAAAAUGAACAUUUUCAAAUUGGCUGUGCAAUGGUAUGAUACUAAGUAUGUUAUAUACAAGUGAGGGCAUCCCCUUUUUUUCUCCGUUUAGCGUCGUCCAACCGACUCAGAUUUUUGGUAUUUUUAAAAGACAAAAACAUAAAAAUGUAACGACGUAGUUAAACCAUUUUUCACUUGAAAAAAUUCUUUUAAUCUGAAAAAAGAGCAUAGUAACAGCAUAGAGAAAAAUAGGAUCAAAAACAGCAACAUUUUUUACAGUAUAUUGGGCAUUUUGUUAAUCCAAAUAUGUGAAUGUUAACUUUUAAUGUCAUCCUGGGAUACCAGGGCCUCCUAUUCUGAGACUUCUUGUCAAUUUUUUUUUUUUAUUUAGGUUUUUUUUUUUCAAUCCAACCGACCGACCUACCCAACAUCAGGAAACGCAUUCAACGCUAAACGAAAAAAACGGGGGAUGGCCUUAGUAUCAGGGCUAGGGUCCAAGUAACAGGACUCGUUUACAGACACUUUGUUCCAUGAUCAGUUUGGUUGAAGCCAGUCAUUUCGAUACAAAGUUGUUUUGAUACAAGUCAUUUCAAUUCAAAGUCAAGUGGUUAAAUUGCACAAAAAUUUUUGACUAGUACAAUAAUAAUUUGUGUAGUUUGUGUGUGAACAAGAAAAACAUUUUCAAGGGUGAAUAUUCUCUGUUCUUUAAGCCAAAUGUGUGAAACUAUUUACCAUUCAAGCAAAUAAAUAUGUAUCAAAACGACUUGUAUUGAAAGGACUUUGUAUCAGAAUGAGUGACUGUAAAUCAGAUCGUUCCAUCACAACUUCAGAUUAUUCAUGUGGUCAGACUGUUCCACGUCAUAAAAAUACAUGUAAUAAUGUUAAUGUGUAAAGAGCAUUUUUGAUAUAAAACUUGAUAUGAGGGACACUCGUUUGACUUUUUCGCUUGAAGAGUGAAUUAUACACAUAAGUAAAACACUUGUCUUGUCACUGCUAGUGGCUUAAAACAAUGACGUACGUACAUGAUUACAUGUUACAGGUCAAAGUUAAACUCAGGUUAAAAUUUUUUAACCUAAGUGUAGGUUGGUUCUCACUUUCCUUUGUAUCAUAGCCCUAAUUAUUCAUGAAGCAGGGCUAUGUGUAGGAGACAAAGGAAAUUGAGAAUCAACCAAGGUUAAAACCAGGGUUCGCAAAUACGCCAAAUUUGGCGUAUUUUACGCCAAAAUUGUUCAGAUGACUCCACAGAGGUUACAGAGGGAGUCACUUCGACUCCAGAAAUUUCCAGUAACAAACAGGGAGCCACUUCGACUCCAGAAAUUUUCGGUAACAAACACAGUUUUGUCCUUUCCUUUUUCGUAACAAAUCAAUUUCCGUUAAUUUUGUUUCUUAAUUAAAUCAUCAUUUAUAUAUUAUUGCAUGACAAAACAGGUAAAAGAUCAAAGGGACCACCAUCAUGGAUUUGAGCUUUCCAGGUCAGAGGAGGCAAAGCUAAAUAGUGAGAAUCAGGACCACCUGGAAAGUCUGAAAAUGGCUUUUUUCGUAGUGAUAAUUGACUCCAAAUAUUCCAAAAUGACUCCAAAAUUUGUGAAGCAGAAGUCACAGUGACUCCACUCAUCAAUAAAAUUUGCAAACCCUGGUUAAAACAUUUUAGUGGAUUUGCUAUUGGGCAGGAGUGAAUUCUUUUCUUAAACCUCUCUGACAGGCAAGUGAAGUUUUUUGGGGGAAUUCCAAUUACUGCAGAUUUUUAAUCAAUUCUGCUCAUCAAGAUUUUAUUUUGGGCUAUAUAAAAUGUCUCCUGGGAUAGUACAUGUCUACAGUUUGUCUGAGUGGCAAGCUGUAAAACUGAUGUUCUUUGAACCCUAUUGAUACUGUAGUUGGUGUACCAAUGCUCCUAAUAUAUCUUGUUGUGAUUAUUUCCAGUUAAUGCUGUUACAACAGCCUGACUUAUUACCUUCAACCAGCCAGAGAAUUGUGGUUCUGUUUUUGUUAUAUGAAAUGUAUAAAUCCGAGCCUGUUGCUAACAAUCCAUUUGCAUCAGUGUUUGUACAUGUUUUGGUGAGUCUUCCUUCUUAAUUGGUUGCUGCAUGUUGCUCCAGGAGGGGUACUCUUGAUUUCACGUGACAGGGAUGAUUAAAUGGGGGCAAAAAUCAAAACUCCAAAAAUCCAUUGGGCUUCCAACAAAACCCAAAAAAUUCCUUGGACCAAAAAUUAACCUACAAAAAUCCCAUGCCAAAUUUCCAAGCCUUAAAAAUUUCCAGAAAGCAUUAACAGUGAUGACACAAAAACAGCCACAAAACAAGUUUGGUUUUACUUUAUUCGCAGAACUAUGUGGCCAGAACACGCAGGCACUACACUGUAACCACAAAUCUUGAGAUUGUUUUGAAUACUCCCAAAAAAUCCCUACUUAAAUCAAGCCACAUCAACCCCAAAAAAUCCCUGAAUCGAAAAUUUCAAAUACAAAAAAAUCCUUUGAUCAUCCUGUCACAUUGUAAAUAAGGGAUUGUUACUGUGCGAUAAAAAUUACACAUACAUGUAAUUAUUACAAAAAGAAAAGAAAUACAAGAACAGACAAACAAUGCAUGGUGUUCAGAAGCAGCAAACAAUAGUUGCUAAUUUCAUUAGUUUUCCCUUGGCUAAAAUAAAAUGUACAUUCUUGUAAAACUUGUUCCUGAGUGCCUUUUGUUUUCAUUUGUUAUUACUGAAAUUGUUACUAUCUGAACUGAAAGAUUUAAACUUAACAGAUGUACAUAAUUAUUUUUAUGAUUUUGCUUUCUACCAUGUACUGAAUAUGUGUAUGUUAUAAACACUACAAUGUUAAGAUGCUCUCUUAUCUCCUCUUUUCUCUUGGAGACUAUAUCAAUUGAUAUGAAAGUACAUGUGUUUAAUAGAAUAAAUGAAUGAGCUGAGGGAAAGUUGAAUUGAAAACACAGUACUGUAAGAUAACAUUUACCAUCAUUUUAAAACUAAGAUCAUCUGUGUCCAUUUUUAACCUUCAAUGCCAUUUUUUGAUGUAGAGUUCAAACAAUGAGGAAAGCAGAGUGUGUGGGCUUGAGUCUCUUCCUGCACUAAGCCAAGCUGAGAAGUCUUUUCUGUAUCUACUGAUCACAACACCAUCAAGAGAUGUAAGUGUUACAUCGGUGUUCAAAAGCAGCAAAUAAGUGUACAGCUUUGUAACACUGAUUUUUUUUAACCCAUUUUUCAUGGUUGAUUAUUUUGUUGGUUUUUGUUUAGCUUUUAAAGAAAACACCUCGACAAGUGUUGGUGAUGGACUUCCCUGGUGGAGGACAGGUAAGCAGGAAAAAGUAUUAAAAUUUGAUGUGGAAAGCGAAAAUGGACACUAACGGUUUUCUGUUUAACAGGCAGAAAAAACAGAUCUUAAACAGGUAUAAAGGGUUACCAAAAGCAUUUAAACAUAUAACCCCAUUCCGUUUAUAUGGAUAACUAAAAGCAUUAAAUGAUUGGGCUAGGGCAUUGAACGAAUUGACCAAAACAUUAAAAAGGUUGCACAAAUUUUUAAAUGGAAAGCUAAGAACAUUAAACACUCUUUGAAUAAGAUCAUUAAACGAUUAUAAAAGGAGAGCUCAAAAUGUUAAACGUUUCAAUGAUAAUUGGUAUACGGUUUCAAAUGUCCUGCUAGUAAUAGGAAAUUCUACAAGAUGCACCAAGAAUGAAACAAACCACUGCAAACCCUUAGACCUCCUCAAGACAGUAAACUCAAAAUACACAUAUUCUAUUAGAAACCUAACAGUCAUUGUAAAGUUACAGUACAAAAGAGCUUUGUCCAUAAGCUAUUAGUCAACUUGUCAUUAUUUUUUAGAAAAAUCUCUCAACUACGGCAAGUAUUGUUAUAAUAUGUGAUAUUCUGAGCUGUAUUUUUUACAGGUCAAAAUUAAAUUCAGGUUAAAAUUUUUUAACCUAUAGUAGGUUAAUUCUCAAUUUCCUUUGUCUCCUAGCCAUAACUCAUGAAUAAUAUUAGGGCUAGGAGACAAAACCAAUUGAGAAUCAGCCUAGGUAAAAAAAGUUUAACCUGAAUUUAAUUUUGACCUAUAAUAACAGAGUGUGUAUUUUGGCUUGGAUGGCUGUCAGGUGCCUGACAACUUACUGUAUUACAAUUUCGGGCUUGAAUUUUUACAGAUGAGCAAUAUGCAUGUAUUUUAUAACAAUUGCAAAAAUAUUAGCUCAAUAGAGCUACCCUGAUAGCAGCACUUGACAAUGGUAAAACUGAUGACCUUGUGUCCCUCCAUAACAUAAACAAAAGAUAUGUAAUUUUGUAGGAACAAGUUUUCAUGCUUGGUCUUUUCUUGUGGUAUUCAAAAUUCUUGUAUGAAUUUGAACACAGGUGGAAUGACAUCAUUCAUUCAUUCAUUCUUUAUUUGCCAUAUAUACAAAAAUAAAACACUGUUGUCAUUUUUAGUACCGGUAAUUACAUUAAUUGGGACAUUCUAUUCCAGUUAGAUUUUGCUUUUUGUGUGGAACUUGGGUCUGAUACAUACUGGUGUUCUUCCUCAUCUUUGGAGUCACUUUUUGUCCUCAAUAACCAACACAAAUGAAGUGGUUAUUGUCUGUCAAACUACAGCUUUACUGUUGUGUUCAAUCAUUCUACUCUUUUUGUCAGAAUAUAGACCUAAGUUCUUUGCAGUUGGCUCUGACUGAGAAGAACUCACAGCUGCCAGACUUGAGUUGCUGUGGACUACCUGCUGUAUUGGGUGAUCCUGAUCCGGAUGUAAGGUACACAAUAGUGUACAAUAAUUCUUACCAUAGAUUUCCUGAGGUAACUUUUAUCAAUAAUGUACAUGUGAAGGGCACUGGGCUACAUGUAGAUAUUUUUUAUUGUAUCUUGGAUGUUGCAACAUUUUAACUGUACAUGUAUAUAAAUUAUAUUAUUUUGUAGGUUACAUUUAAAUUCUCUUAUGUCAUGCACUAUUCAUGUAUAAUACAUUCUUUGACUGUAGCUGUUGGGAUUUUUGACUUAAACAGAUGGCUCAAAUGCAGGCUAGUUUUGAAGAUGAUUGGAGAUAAAAAUUGCAGCACUUGCAAAGUGGCUUAAUAUGAGUUUCUGAGUUUUUCUAAAGUGAGACUCUCCUUGCAACGAUUAUUUAGGACAUAUAACUAAAAUAUGUGUUGAAAAGUUGUUAAUUGACUUGAAAAAGAGCGGAAGGCAUGUGAACAGUACAAGAAACUAGAAUAGUGUGCCUAUAGUGUUUUCUUUAGAUUGCUUUUCUUUUCAAAUGCAUGACUGAAGGGAAAAUCAUUAACACAAUGUUCUACUUCACAGCUCAGGAUUUGAUUCAACUGCUGCAUCACAGAUAACAGAGACUCUUGUAACAGGUAAAUUUGAUACAUAUACUUCCUAAAAUAUGACUGACAGCUGCUUUGAUCAGUGCUUUGAAAAACUCUCACGUAACCAAAAUAAUAACUUCCUAUCAUGUAGACUAAACAUUGCCUUAAUGUUGAUUCUGUUUAAGUCAAUCAUCUUUUCCUGUACUCACAAGUGUUUGUCUUGGCAGAUGCUGUAGUUGGAACCAUUGUUUUCUUUUUUUAACUUGUACUAUGGACUUUGUAUCACUGUGAAAGCUCUAAUUUUUAAUCACUUUUGGUUCAAUAUGAAAUAAGAAUUUUUGGAUUUAUCAGGGCUGUGCAGUAAGACCCAUGAAAUAAAAAAAAGAGCUCUAAGACUUCCUUGUUGCUCAAGAACCAAAAUAAAUCAUCAUUUAAUUAGCAACUGGGCACAACUAGAGCACAGCAUCAUUGAUGGUUUUCUGACAGAAAGACAGUAGAGACCAGUGGAGAGUAAAGAAGCACCUAUGACCAGUAGUAGGGGAAAUAAACCAACAACAAACCUAAAUACAUGCAUUAUUAGAACGAUUUUUGUAUAACCUUGAAAAAUGGUUUCAAAAGUGUUCAUUAUUUACAUGUAAGUUAUUAGCCAAUGGAUGAAAAGAUCAAAACAUGGACUCCUCGUUUUCCCGCCAAAGAAAACCCUAAUAUGGAGAAGGAAUUGUUUGAUUGGCCAAUCGUGUUGCAGUAUGAUGUCAAAGCGGAGUAUUGGUUGAAUCCUAGAAAGUUCUCGAGCAUGUAGUUUUUCUCACCUGAGCAUUCACUUAACCAACCAAAAGCCACAGACGUUUGUAUCUGUUCGAUAAACCAAUAAAUAGCUCUAUUUCCGUUCAUUUGUUGUUUCUGUUUUGUUCGGCCAUUUUCAUUUCAAGGUCAUACAAAAAUUUCUCUAACUAAUUAAAGUGAAUCAGACCCCGGGCCAAUUGGGGGAAGGCAAGAGCUUUCACCAAUUUUUCAUUGCCUCCGUAAGUGUUAUUCAACAUUCACAAGAACAUCAUUGCAAAGUUAUUUUUCCUUGUCCUUGUCAGCAAGACAAAAAUACCCAUUAAAUGUUAAUUAUUUUCUCUGUAGCAGUCUUUUGCUGCUGUUUCAUGUUUAUUCAACAAAUACAGAAUUAUGCAUGUACAUUACAGCUGUAAUAGUAAUGCUUGCAGAGAACACAAGAAAACUUUACAGGUAUCCUUCAAAAAAAAUUAUACAAUGUAAUGAUCCCCCCUAAUCUCCCCCCUUCCCACCUGUCAGUUCAUUUUGAACUUCAGUCCUGCGCAAGGUGCGUUUUUGUUCUGAUUCUUUGGUUGGGUGAUAAGUAAAAGAUUUUCCUUUCCAAGAAUUAUUGUCACGACCAAAACAGAAAAUUCUUUUUAAUCAAUAUAAUAAUUUUUAGAAAUUCAAAUAUUGAUUGUGUUUGUUCUUUUUAUUUUAGGGCGUAAUCCCCCUUCUGAGUUAAACCUAAGGCCAGUGUUUGUCAGGGUCCCGCCACCGCUCUACUCCUGUGAUGACGAGGUAAAAAUUCUUUGGAUAAAUCCAUGAUUGUAAGAUUAAUGCAUCUAGUGAAUCUAAACUGAGAUAGAUUAAGCAUGAUGCAGCUUAUCUCCUUAGUGGUUCCACAUUGAUAAAUCAAGAAAGAUGGUAAAUAUUUAGCUCAGUAGUGAAUGAGAAUGAUGUAAUAAAGAUUAUAAUAAGAUUAUGGGACAAAAAAAAGGUAUUGAUUCCUCAACAGUAUUCCAUCCUUGUUUAUUUAUCACCAUACAGUGCACUCUUGUCAUUGCUUCAUUUUUCUCACAGAAUGCAGAGCAUUUUCACAUGACGUUACUGCAGCCAUGUUGGUGUUUCAAACAAAUCCUGUGGGAGUUAAACUCUUUUCUUACAUAAACACUUUCUUUUGUUUCACUAAAUUAAUUUGCAUAGAUGCCAUCCAUCUAAGUGAAAAGGCACUAUUGAUUUUGUUGCCUGCCGUGUAUGAACCUACGUGCACUUACAGUAUAUGGCCUUGCUUUUCAUGAGUCUGUCCAUAGCUCAGUUGGAUAGAUUGCCAUUUGGUGUCGUAGAGGUCAUGACUUCAAAUCAUGUCGGGGUCUCUAGAAUUUAAGUGUUCCAUCACAGUUGCAUAUCUCUGUCAAUUUGGUGGCCUGUCCUUCAUGGCUCAGUUUGGCUAAAUUACAUGGCGUAACUCGUUUAAUACCUCGAGUAUUGGUUCAGCUGGGAUCUCAACCCUUAACCCCCUGUUUUACACAGUUUAAUACUCUACUAACAGACUGAGUUACAUGGUGUGCAGUCAUUUUGUCACCUCUGCGUUGUGCAUCCCUGAUGCAUAAAAAUCCUCAAAGAUGCAAAAUAAUUCAUGGCAUGCAUCCCAUAGGAUGCAAAGAUCGAUCGAUCUGAAUACGUGUAUUUGUAGAAGUAUCCUGUUCCUGUAAUUUCUGUUGCUGUUAUUAUGGCUGUUGUUUAACGAUGCAUAUUUCUUUUAGCCUUUGUUGUGCUUGAAAAAAGAAGGACUAUAAUUUAAUUUUAGUAUACUGUAAUAUAGAGUUUUGGAGUCUGUCUUCAGAUUAACUGUCUGGUCACAUAACGUCCCCAUCAUUUUCAAUUUUGGACUCGCUUUUUCAACUGGGACUCAUGAUUUUUCACAAGAUGAGUCCCAGGACUCACCAUAACAUUUUGUAACAAAAUCACUGGGUGUGAAAUAUGUUGCAAAGAGUGCUGUUAGAUACAGUGGAACCCAGUAAAUACCAACACCAGGGGCACAUGCUAUGCUGUCUGUUAUAUCUGGGUGUCUCUCAGAAAAAACAGGGACACAAUGUUGUAUAAUAUUAGACUAGAGCAGACAAAGGGGAAGAAUAGUAGUUACCAUGAUUGCAGCAAAAAGUCAAGAAAGUGAUAUUUGUUUAGUAGAAGGCAGAAAACUUUAUUGAAUGGCUAACCAAAAUCAAACAUACCGUAAAAUAUAAGCCCCGGGGCUUAUAUUUUUCAAAGGCCCUUUUUGAGGGGCUUAUAUUUGGAGGAGCUUAUAUAUGGACCAGGGAAAUUUGCGUUUCUAAAUUGAUUGGGCUAGCCUUACAAUUGGAAGGAAAUUUACCGGUUUUACUUUGUUUUACUUCAUAUUUGAGGGCAGUUUCCAAGUACAAGCCCCCUGGGGGGUAUAUAUUUUGUGGGGGUGAUUUAACAGACGGUUUUUGGCAUUACAAGUUUGGGGGGCGUAUAUUUGGAGGGGCUUAUACAUGCAGAAGCUUAUUUUCAGAAUUUUACGGCAUUAGGCCAUUAUUGGUACUGUGUUAACCCACCGAAGUCUGUCAUUAUUUGAACAGGGUACAAUACCUACAAUUACCACAUGAUACAUCAUCAAGGGCAAUAGUCAAAAUAUUAAGACAAUGUACUGACAGCGGUGGUUAAUGAGAGUGUUCCAAAUGUGUUUUUUUUUUUCAAUCCUGUUCUGUUUGUUUUGUUUGUAGCUCGUGUGGAUGAAUCCAACCAGUGAAGUGCACACAGUUGAGUGGGACAGUACAAUGUGUGUUACAAACAGUGCUGGUAAGUAGACUUGAUGCUAUAAGGCUGGGCCAGGUUGUUCGAAGCUGGGUUAAGAUAACCCAAGGUUAGUGCAAGAUUUGAAUUCAGAUUUGGAUGCUUAAAAAGCAUUUCAGUUUUCAUUCUUUUUGUCUACAAGAUGAUGAUUGGAAGCUCUGAAAAUAACAGAGAAAAUUUUCCGAGAAAAUGCUUUUGAACACAAGAAAAAGAAACCAGGGUUACAUUUAACCCCGGGUUAAGCGCUAAUCGGCCUUCGAACAACUGGGCCCUGGCUGUUAAAGGGGUAGUGUCACAUGGCUAUUGCUGUUUUGGGUCAAUUCUGUGCCAAGUCAUUUCUUAGUGCCCAUACGCCACUUGCACAUCUCCCAUAAUCAUUAAUGCACCUUAUUUGUGCCCCAAAAUUUUGCAUAAUUUAUUAAAAUCUAUUAAUUGCAUUUCUUGUAACUUGCUUUACAUUGUGACUCCAUUUUAGUGUUGUUAUUUAUUUAUUUAUUUCGCCACUCAUAUCUUUCUUACAGUAGUUUAAGACUGCAAAACAUGUCUAGAAGCAAGAAAAUAUCUGCAAGCUUGUUACAGCUUUUCUAAGGAGAUCUCCCCUUUGUUUUUUGUGGUGCAAACCUGAGUACAGUUCACAUGUAAAUAAUGCAUUAUAGCUUUUUCAGGAAGCUUUUUUCAAGCAGUUAAUGUUUUAUUCUCAUUGUAUUUAUAGGUGCAGAAGUUCGUAGGUUAAUGAACAAAGCUUUUAAGGCUCCCUUGGUCUUACAACAACAGCAGGUGAUAAGAAUUCUUGUGGUUUUUUUUGUUUGUUUUUUAAAGAGCAUGCCACGCUUGACCUUUAGCCUUGGUAUCUGGUCACCUCACCAUCAACGAUUGUUUUGAACUUUGAUACAUGAACGGAAAUUUCUUAACCGUUACUAUAUUUUUAUAUUUCAAAAUAAUGACCAGUGGUUGUGAAACGUUUCUGCCAGCGUUUUAAAAUCUCUCAAAUGCCAAAGUUUACGUUCACCGAACCUAUACUUGUGUUAUUACUAUUUGCAUUCCCAAGAGCAUAAGACGUCCUGCAACUAUUAACCUGUGCAUGGAAGGGUACAUUUUAGUACCCUUUGCUGUAAUGUGUGUUCGCUUACUAAUCUUGUUAUUUGUGUUUGCAGCAAGUUUUAAGUGAACUUGAAAAAGAUCCUAAACUGGUGUAUCACGUAGGACUUACUCCUAGCAAGGUACAUGAACUCCACGGCAUAAAAACAGCAGAAAACAAACAAACAAACGAACAAAACAAUGAUACAGAUGACUUUUCUCGCACUUAUUUAAGGUUUUUUAAUUCUUCCUUAGCGAUAAUUUGUUCUUGCAAUAAUUAAGAAUGCUCCUUUCUGCACGGAAAUUUUUGUCUUAUUAAUAAUUUGUGCCGCAUAUACGUAUUUGAUUGAUUUUUUUCUCCAUGUGAACUUUGUAUUUUUUAGUAACCCUCUAUCUCUUAUUACCAUUAUUCUCUCAAUAGCUCCCUGAUCUUGUGGAGAAUAAUCCACUGAUUGCCAUUGAAGUCUUGUUGAAGUUAAUGCAGUCGAAUCAAAUUACAGAGUGAGUGUUAUUUUUUUGCAAUUCCUUCACUGUACAGUUCUUAGCCUGUGCAGCUGGCGGAAAUAACGCGCGAGAGCUGUAGUUUGUAGUUUGGGCGGCUCGCAAAACUCCCCCCGCUUCGCGUGGCGGCUCUGCCGCUAAAGGUGGAUUCCGCUGUCACGUAAUUUUUUACGCGUGUCAAUAAAAGAACCAAACGAAAGUCACACUAGUGGUAGGUCUUUAUUGUAUACUGUAGGUUGUUUCUGUGGAAUAUCGAACCGCCUCGUUAAUUUUCUCCUCUUUGUUAUUUGGGUAUUGAGAGAAUGACCGAUAUGUCUCCAAGACACACGACAAGUCACGAGGUUGAAAUGAAGGCUUUAAUGCACAAACGUCCAUUCGUUACGAACAAGAAGCUGCCCUUCCUCAGGCGUUUUAGUCGUUUUUUGCACAGAGACGAGUGCGAAACGCGAGAGACACGCGAGUGACUGUUGAUGAAACGUAAGGGACUAUGGGAAUGAGAAAAAUGAGAGGUGAAGACGUCUCGCCCGUUUUUUCCAUGCCGCCUUCCUUUGCGCGCAAAUUUUCAGUGAGAGGGAGACGUCUGGGUGCGAGGCAGAACCAGCAGCACUACAUUGAUUCUGUCUCUUGAGCUCUUAGAAAGAAAGGUCUCAUAUGACAUUGUAAGCUACUUAAACCUAUGCUCUACUUAUGCUUAGGUCAGUGUGAAGAGACUAAAAUGUUACUUACUCUGAAGCGAAGAGUAUUUCUUUUACCCCAAACUACGUUUUACCUCAAGGUGUUCAAAAUUCCAGAAAAAAAAGCAACUCUCCUGAUGCGUCUUCUCGGCAUUGUGCCUUUUUGUUUUUAGAUAUUUUUCAGUCUUAGUAAACAUGGAAAUGUCGCUGCAUUCUAUGGAAGUAGUUAAUCGACUAACUACAGUAAGUUAAAGUCGUUUUGUUAUUUGUUCUUUGCAUAAUUGUUGACAGAGCAUUUCGUACCUUCUAGAGACAAUAUACUUGUAUUACUGUAGAGAGAUGUUUAUUUACAGUGCGUCUAUUCGAACCUGGGCACUUGGAAGAAAAGUAUCCAAUAACAAUGUGUUUUGAAAACAAAAGAUUCUCAAGUUUUUUUGCAAGUGAACCAAUAAAAUUCAAGGUUCAAGAAUGCAACCGUUGAAAACUUUGAAACCGUUUGAACUAACCUGACCUGUCUGGAAACAACCCUCAAAUUCAUGAAUGUUAUUGGUCCGUUUGCAAAAACACCUUGAGUAUCUUUUGUUUCCAAAAAUCGUUGUGAUUGUAUAAUCUUCAUCCAAGUGCCCCGGUUCGAGUAGUCGCAUUGUAAUUCUGUAUUUGCUAAAAAACCCUGCGUGCAGACUUCUCUUUGUUCCUUUGUUGCACGCGGGUAGGAAUAAUUUAAAAAAUAAUUAAAAUAUAAUACAAUUAUCCUUUUCCCCUAUGGGGCUCUUUAGGGACAAUAAAAAGAACAAUGAAAAUAGAACACAACAAAGAUAAACCCCAGCUAGUAGGAGGCGAACCAGUUGGCUAUUUUACAAGCAUGGCCGAGGAUUUGAACUAGGGACUGCCAAGAACAAAUCCAGCUCGCAGUUGCUGGCGGCUGGGGCCAGAUUUGAACUAGGGGGGCCCCCCAAUUAAAGGUCCAGCGCUCUAAACGCUCGGCCACGCAGCCUCCACAUACUGUUUCUAAUCCAUACAGCAGAAUAAAACCACUGUUUGUCUCUUUCAGGCUGUAGAUCUUCCCCAAGAGUUUGUUCAUCUGUACAUUUCAAACUGUAUCUCGACUUGUGAAAAUAUAAAAGAUAAAUACAUGCAGAACAGGCUUGUCCGACUGGUAAGUCAACAUGUCUGCAGUAUCUGCAUGCGACAUUAGUCUGUUCUAUGCAUUGAGGUGUUGGCAACGACGUUGGGAGAACCUUGCGUUUGAAGACUUUUUACUUGUUUAUACCAGUCUUCGCCUGUCUUGGCCCUCACAAUGUUUGGGAGACUGGGGAGUCAUGAUGAUUUCCUAGUUCAUAUAUAGAGCGAAGGUGUUAAUGUUCUCCUUGAAAUCCUUGAUUGUCGUCCUUGUUAUGAUGUUUGUUUUUGGGCAGCAAGAGUCCCACCCCUCCCUCCUUCCCUGAUGAAGUUCUAAUGAGCGAAAGUAAUGAUUUUACCCAAAAUUAUUCUAUUCAAAACAAAAGCAGUCUAAAGCAAACAAACAAGGAACUACUAAACUGUCGCUUCGAACUCAUACCCUUGAAAACUGAUUGACAAAAGAGGCUGCUAAGCGCUACGGAAGCUAGCCUGCGAGAAAACUCUCCAUUUAGGAAGAGAAGUCACACGAGAGCAGCGCGUGCGCGAAAGGAGACACGGGUGCGAGGAACGGGGCAAAGGGAGGGAGUCCCUCUCCUUUUCCUCCACCCCUCGCGGCUUCGCCGCUCGGUAGCGCGUUCUCUUGCGACACUCGCCGCUCGCCAUGAAUGGCCGGGAGCUUGCUCACAGGCUGUAAGGAAGCGUAAUAGUCGCACGCAAGGCUUAAUAUCGUGAUUUAUGUUGUUCUAGCCGCUGGGUAUAGUUUUAUUGAGCCACAGUUACCUACAGUCUCAGUCAAAAUUGUUGGGACACUUUACCUUCUUCUUACUCUCCCAAUGUUGGUCUGACAGAUUUGGUGAGGUAACUGCGAUAAACAACAUUGGGAGGAGACGGGCCAGAAGUAGAAAAACAGCGUUCUAUGGAAGUGUCUGACACUUCAGGUUAUACAGUUAAACAAACUGCCAAAGAUUCUGUUCCUCAGUCUAUAUUAUUUGUAUUCGUUUAUUUCAGGUCUGCGUUUUCCUUCAGUCUCUUAUUCGUAACAAGAUUAUUGAUGUCAAGGUAAGUUUUCACGCCUCAGAACAAGGGUAUUUUUUUCCCUCUGUACUGAAUGAGAGACCCUAACGAAUAACCAUUCGCCACUUUCACUUUGCCCAUAAUACACCUUGUUUAUCCUCCAAAAUUUUGCAUAGCCAUUGUUCCAAUUCCUCCGGGGUAUUACAGUCGUCCCAAGGAAAAUUGAAGACAAUGCUUAUGCAAAAUUUGUAAGGGUAAAGAAGGUGCUUUAUCGGUACUGUGAAAAUAUAAUGAAUUAUACUAAAUAUCAUAUCCCCUGUUAGCCUGCGUAUCCGGCGGUUUUGUUAGGGAGGGGUGUAACAGUGAUAUGGGCAUCCCCAUUCCCAAAACCCUAGUGAUAUGGGCAUCGCCUGUAACCCUAACCCUAACCCAAAUCGCUAAGGUAAUAUGAGAAGGGGAUGCCCAUAUCACUGUAACAGAGGCAACAGCGAGCAGUGAAGCCACGAGGAGAAUGGGGCAAAAACAGCGCUCGCUAAACAAAACUACCAGCUAUUCAGGCUAGUCCCCAGUGUGUCAUGGGCAUCACUCGGGGGUUUGAUGGAUACUCUCAUAGACAAUAAGCCAACCAAACAGUGCCAUACUUUUCACUAGAUUUUGGUUAACGAAUUUGAUGAAGAUGUAAGGGAUAAUACUCCUUAAGCAUUUUGUUGCAACUGAAGUUGGAGAUACAUUCCCUCAACAUUUCAAUAUUAGAACCAUUUUUAUAGUUGAUAACAUUCGUGUUCAACAAAACACCAUAAAGACAAUAAUUCGUACUAAAAAGUUUAAGUCCGUAUUAAGUUGUUGUAUUUACAAAAUUUGUGAAAAAGAGGUAUUUGCCGGGUCACUGCCUUACGGUAACUUUCGUAUCGUAAAAUCCAGAUUUUUAUCCUUUUUAUGUGCUAACCAUGGCAUGAAUGUAGCUUCUUCGCUCCAUUUAUUAAUAUGCCAGUUCCUUAAUGCAGAUCGUUUGGCUGGAAAUAAGGGGCUUAAAAAUGACCGCUUUCGAUUAAUCUGCAAAGAAGCAACAAAACAUCAAAGCAAAUAACAUUUACUACAAAGAAUUGAAAUUCCGUCCGGUGAGUUCUGGGAAGAGUGACUAGAAGAAAUGUAAAGGUGAGUUAGCUUGUUCUCACGUGAUGGUUGCAUUCAUUGUCUGUUCUUUUCAUUUUACAGGAUCUUUUCAUUGAAGUUCAAGCUUUCUGUAUCGAGUUCAGCCGCAUAAGAGAAGCGGCUGGCUUGUUUCGACUGCUGAGGACACUAGACAGUGGAGAAGCAAGCCCUGCACCCACCAAGUAG